GUCAUUUUGCUUCGUGUGACGCGCGUCGCGAAAUCCAGUAUGAGGGGGUCCUUCACUGGUGUAGCUAUCCAUGGUGCUGAAACUCGAAGUGCGCUGCAACACGAAAACGACCAGAGGGAUAUCUAUUCGGAAAACAAAGGAAAAUGCUCGUACGGAUUAUUUAAAAGCCAGUUCAUCACUUUUUACAUCGUUCUUGGAACUCAAAAAAAUCACUAGAAUGUUUCCCAACACCUCGUCCAAGCUUCUUAAUUUAGAGGACAGUUUUUUCCUGAUGAAUUCCUCCGGCAAUGAAACGCACAGCGAGUCUCACGGUAGCGCAAUUCUGAUCUCAUUUAUCUACACAGUGGUCUGUUUGAUCGGGCUGUGUGGAAACUCCAUGGUCAUUUAUGUCAUUUUUAGGUACGCUAAAAUGAAGACGGCGACAAAUAUAUACAUUUUGAACUUGGCGAUUGCGGACGAGUUACUUAUGUUGAGUGUGCCGUUUUUGGUGACAUCCUCGUUACUUCACCACUGGCCAUUUGGAUCUUUCUUGUGCCGCCUCGUCCUAAGUGUGGACGCUAUAAAUAUGUUUACCAGCAUUUAUUGCUUGACUGUAUUAAGCAUAGACCGAUACAUUGCCGUAGUGCAUCCCAUAAAAGCUGCCCGAUACCGGAGACCUACAAUCGCCAAGAUGGUUAACUUGGGAGUUUGGACAUUUUCCAUCCUGGUUAUUUUACCAAUUAUUAUAUUUUCCAGCACAGCACCGAACUCGGACGGAUCAGUCGCUUGUAAUAUGCAAAUGCCAGAACCACAGAGGCAGUGGAUGGCAGUGUUUAUAGUAUAUGCCUUUCUAAUGGGCUUUCUGUUCCCCGUCAUUGCCAUAUGUAUGUGUUACGUCUUGAUCAUAGUAAAGAUGCGAGUGGUUGCGCUGAAAGCUGGCUGGCAGCAGCGCAAAAAGUCCGAGAGAAAAAUCACUCUGAUGGUUAUGAUGGUGGUGGCCGUGUUUGUGAUCUGUUGGAUGCCUUUUCACGUCGUACAACUUGUUAAUGUCUUUGUGGAGACACAUAAUGCCACUCUUAGCCAGCUGGCGGUAAUUUUAGGUUACGCUAACAGCUGCGCCAAUCCUAUACUGUACGGAUUCCUGUCGGACAAUUUCAAACGCUCCUUCCAGAGAAUAUUAUGUCUCCGCUGGAUGGACAACGCAACUGAGGAACCUAUCGAUUACUACGCAACUGCUUUGAAAAGUCGCGGAUACAGUGUAGAUGAAUUUCAACCGGACAAUAUGGAAUCAGAUAGCACCUAUAGAAAUGGUACUUGUACCUCCAGGACUACGACUUUGUAAACGAAUGAACAUGUUAAAUGUCCAUAAUAGAACAAAGCUUAGCUAAAGCUAUAGCU